AAUCGUGGAACUUCUUGUUUGUCACUGGAGCAUUGCUCAAUCUAAAAGGAGAGGUUCUUGGCUGCACAACUGGAGAUGUCAGACUGGCUGGAACUGAUCAGAACUAUACAGGAAGAGUGGAGUUCUGUAAUGAGGGAAAGUGGGGGACAGUUUGCGAUGACUCUUGGGAUGAUGAGGAUGCUAGAGUAGUGUGCAGACAGCUGGGCCUCCCCACCAAAG